UGGCCUUGGGUCUCUGAUUGGUCCUCGCCGAGCAGGGCAAACAGCAAGGUCACCUACAGCCGCAGACCCCUUCCCCAGCCCCAGUCUGUAGCUGCCUCGAGCAGGGAGCUGGUGGCUCUUCCAUCCCCAGACCAGCCAAGCCUGUGAGUGACACCCCAGACAGAGGAACCAGAGCCAUGUGGAGUCUCAGCGGCCUGCUGUUGUUACUGACUGCCUGCCUGGCGGUAAACGCCAGCUCCGUGCCCACAUUGCCCGAUGACAUUCAAGUGCAGGAGAACUUCGACCUGUCUAGGAUCUAUGGGAAGUGGUUCAAUGUGGCCGUGGGCUCUACCUGCCCAUGGCUGAAGAGGUUCAAGGAGAAGAUGACCAUGAGCACAGUGGUGUUGAAAGCAGGGCCGACGAGCAAGGAGAUCAGCGUCACCAACACUCACAGGCGGAAAGGUGUCUGUGAAUCGAUCUCUGGUACUUAUGAGAAAACAAGCACUGAUGGGAAGUUUCUCUAUCACAAAGCCAAAUGGAAUAUCACCAUGGAGUCCUAUGUGGUCCACACCAACUACGAUGAGUAUGCCAUUUUUCUGACCAAGAAAUUAAGCCGUCGCCAUGGACCCACCAUUACUGCCAAGCUCUAUGGACGUGAGCCGCAGCUUCGGGAAAGCCUGCUGGAGAAAUUCAGGGAGGUGGCCCUGGGUGUGGGCAUCCCCGAAGAUGCCAUCUUCACAAUGCCUGACAGAGGUGAAUGUGUCCCUGGAGAGCAGGAUCCAGUGCCCACUCCACUCUCGAGGGCUCGGCGGGCUGUGCUGACCCAGGAAGAGGAAGGCUCUGGGGAUGGACAACCAGUAACUAAUUUCAGCAAGAAAGCAGAUUCCUGCCAGCUGGACUACUCACAAGGGCCUUGCCUGGGGCUGUUCAAGAGGUAUUUCUAUAACGGUACGUCCAUGGCCUGUGAGACCUUCUUAUAUGGCGGCUGCAUGGGGAAUGGCAACAACUUCCUCUCGGAGAAGGAGUGUCUGCAGACCUGCCGGACUGUGGAGGCCUGUAACCUCCCCAUAGUCCAGGGGCCAUGCCGAGCCUACAUGGAGCUCUGGGCAUUUGAUGCUGUCAAGGGGAAGUGCGUCCGCUUCAGCUAUGGGGGCUGCAAGGGCAAUGGCAACCAAUUUUACUCGGAGAAGGAGUGCAAGGAGUACUGUGGCAUUCCUGGUGAAGCGGAUGAGGAGUUGCUGCGCUUCUCCAACUGACCGGUCCACAGGCCAGAAGUCCACAAGGCAGCAGGAAGUGGGAGGGUCAGAGUCUGCCCCAGAGCCCUGCUGCAGGUUCCAAUAAAAACCGAAUUGUAGACUCCUGGAA